AUGCUUUCGGGCUCCACGAAUCCAAAUAUGUAUGAAACACGAAAAGUAUUAAGUGUUUGUGAAAAAAAUCCAGUUGAUGAACAUCCAUUAAAUUAUGAUGAAUAUAAUCCAUUUGAUAUAUGUGCUGCAUCCUAUGUACCAAUUUAUCGUGGAAAUCCAUUAGUGAAAUGUCCAUUAUCCGGUGCAGCUUAUUUACCGGAAUUUAAAGGACAAUUAUGUCGUGUUACAAAAGCAACGGAAAUUGGAAAAGAAUCUCUUGGUCUUAGGAUUUCAAUGAAUAAAAUAAAAACUAAAAUGAAGAAUCAUAAUAAUAAUGAUGAUGAUGAUAAUGAUUUUCCAUUCAAUGGUUUAUUUUCCCCAAUAGAAAAGAUUUUUGCUGAUUUCGAUCGAUUUUUCUCUGGUUUUCCAAAUAUAUUUUCAAUUCCUUCACAAGAUUUUAACAAUGAUGAUCCUCAACCAUCAACAAGUUUAAGAGAUGAAGUUCUUAAACAAGACAUUCAAAAUAAUUAUUAUGGUGAUGAAAAUCUUGAUUCUACUAUCGAAAAACAUGGUCUUAAUGGAGCAUUUCCAAGAACAUUUUCAAGUUCUUCAAUGAUAACAACAAUGCAUCGAGAAACAACACCAUCAGGAAAAUGUGUUAUUGAAAAAAAAAUUCAACAUUCAUCAAAUCAAAAUGAAAAUAGAAAAACUGAAACAAUAAGUAAAAUAUGUGGAGAUAAAUAUCAUACAACAAUAAAACAAGAUGGAAAAAUAAUUCGAGAAUAUGGAAAUUCAACAAUAGAUGAAUUAGAUAAAAUUGAUUCACCAUCGAAUGAUAAUAAUGAUGAACCAAUUAUUAGUGGAAAAAGACAUUCGGAUUUUUUUAAGAAACUUUUUUCUUAA